AUGAAAGUGCAAAAGAACGCCCCGUGGAUAUAUGUUGAGAAGUUGCCUCCAGUGUAUGGGGACCGCCAGAUACCUUCUAACGUGAAGAAUAUGGGGAAAAUCUUCUUUCGAUGGAAAGUUCCUGUGUUUUUCUACCAACAUACGUCUCUCAUAUUGUGGGAAUUGGACCGAGUAUUGGCAGGAUUACCUCCCCUCAGCCCAGGCUUUCUGGUCUGAAGAUGGAAUCGUGCAAGGAAACGUGGGAUUCCGGCGUUGUCUCCCAAACCACAAUCGAUUUUCAUCUGCUUCAGUCAUUUCUUUAAUUAG